AUGCUUCGGCAACUUUUGAUCCGCGAUGGAUUGGGAUGGCAGUUGGUCUCUUGGCCCCUGCCCCCCACGCGGCUGCUGCUAUUCAGCCCUUCCUUCGCAGUGCUCAGCACAGCGUUGCCACAUGGACUUCCAAAUGGGAUCCAAAAGGAAUUCCCUUUGUCGGUCAAGGACCAGCAAGAAACAGAGGCCUGGCAGUUGCUGUCUCAUCAGCGCUUGGAGGAAGAGUUGCAAGUUGAAGUGGAUGGAUAUGUGAGUUUCAGUGUGGACCGACCUCGAGGUCAAGCACCUCUGGUGCUGCGCGAACUGCCCGAAACCGUGGGGAGCAAGGUGUGGCGAGGCGCCUGGUUGUUGUGGAAAUCGCUGGAAGUUUAUGGUUUACAGGGAGCCUCCAACAUCCUGGAGUUGGGCUCCGGUGUCGGCCUGGUGGGUCUCCUGUUGGCCGCGGACCGCGGCGUCCACGUGACGCUCUCGGAGACCCGCAGCGCCUACGCCGGCGCCGCAGUGACCUUCGAGAACCUCCGGCAGAACGUGGAGACCAACCGGUGGAACGUGGCGCAGAGUGGUGGAGACGUGGAGGUCUUGGAACUGGAUUGGACUCAAGGUUUGGAUGAGAAACAUGACUUUGAUUUGGUGAUUGGCAGUGAUAUUUUAUAUGAACCCCAUCUGUUUGAGGAUUUGUUGGAUGUGUUGCAAGCUGCAGCUGACCGUGCCAUUCUGGUGCAAAACCUGGCGCGCAAAGGGACCCAGUACUUCCUGCAGCUCUGCGAGCAACGCUGCGUGGCUGUCAGGGCAGUAGAUGUGUCGCACCUGGAUGAGGAGAUGAAGCUCCUAGAUGCUAAAGAUGGCGUUUAUCAGUGCUGGUUUCUGGACUUCACCGCUAAUGGCUGUUGAUAGCUUCACUUAUGCUGGAGAUGCUGAUGGCAUGAUGGAGAUGCUAUGCAAAGUGGUUAACUUUGCUUCAGUUUGAACAGGACCCUGAGCCGUUGGGCAAGAUGUUGAGAAGCCGGUCUGGCACAUGAAGCAGAUUGUCAGAGUUUCCAACAUGACCUGACGGACACAACAAUUUAGUGGCCAUGCGAAGAAGAAAAAGAAGAGCGGGUGGAGGCUGUCGGUAUGUUCAGGGGUGGAUCAUUGUGGUAUUAACUUAGUAUCCAGUAUGGUUGAUCAUCA